UUGUUCCUCACCCCCCUGCUGAGGAGGCCAGCCAAAGUUUCUGACUUUUGCGCCCCCCCCCCACCUCCUUGGCUCCAGUCCUUGCCUGGUCAGCUGCACCGGGGGGGGGGGGCGCUCUCUGUUCUUUCCUCCCCAAGAAUCCCCCUUUAGACAUGGGGCCAGAAAGAGAUGAGCAGCAGCAACUUCUCUCUCGAAUCAGGUAGAAGGAAGGAAGGAAGGAAGGAAGGAAGGAAGGAAGGAAGGAAGGAAGGAAGGAAGGAACAAAGGAAUCAAAAUAGAGCACAAAGGGACCUUGAAGGUUUUCUAAUCCAGCCCCUUAAGCCUUGUGGACUUCAACUCCCAGAAUUCCCCAGGGAGUCUUAAAGUUCCCAAGGUUGAACCCCCUUAUCCUACUCCAUUCCAAACAAAAGACUAUCCAAUCUCUUCUUGAAAACCUCCAGUGAUGGAACACCCACAACUUCUGGUGGCAAGCUGUUCCGCUGGUUAAUUGUUCUCAUUAUUCCAUAUCCUGUACUUCUGGAGGGGCCCGUUUUCUUCUCCUUGCCCCAUUCGGGUUUUGGAAGGGGAGCGUGCCCAGCUCCUCCCCUCGGUUGGCCUACAUGGGCCGAGUUUCACAUCACUGCAUCCGCAGGGUCACGUGACCAAAAUUUGGAUGCUUGGCAACUGGUUCGUAUUUAUGGCGGUCGUGGUGUCCCGGGGUCAUGCAAUCCUCUUUUGCGACCUUCUGACGAGCAAAGUCCAUGGCGAAGCCAGAUUCACUUAACAGCCAGGUUACUAACUCAUCGGCUGCAACCGUGACAGGAAAGGUCGUAAAAUGGGGCCAAACUCACUUAACAAAUGUUUCACUUAGCAACAUAAACCCUGGGCUCAGUCGUGGUCGUAAAUCAAGGACUACCUGUAUCCAGAGUGCAGUCAAAUGCUCUUCCGACGCCUUCGCCAAGCCAGGCGGGCCCCUCCUGCGCUGGGCCUUUGCCUUCCCCGGGAGAGGAAUCGAAUCGCGCUUCCUUCGGCCUCUCUCCUCUGCCCUGGAGACCACAAAGAAAGAAACGGAGAACCCAGAUAUUUCCACCCGCCCUUUAACGCCUUCGGCCCACAUCCAUGGCUGCGGCCAUCUUGUGCACUGCAGCUGGUCCUUGAGUUACAACAGCUCAUUCAGUGACUGUUCAAAGUUACAACGGUACUGAAAAAAGUGACUUUUUUCAGACUUACAACGGUUGCAGCCUUCCCCUGGUCACGUAACUUGCAUUCAGAUGCUUGACAACUGACUCACAUUUAUGACCGUUGCGGUGUCCCGGGUCACAUGGUCCCCUUUUGCGACCUUCUGAUAAGCAAAGCCAAUGGGGAAACCAGAUUCACUUAACAACUGUGUUGCUCACUUAACGACUGCACUUAACAACUGUGGCAGGAAAGGUCGUGAAAUGGGGCAAAUUCACCUAACAAACAUGUCGCUCAGCAACAGACAUGCUGGGCUCAGCUGUGGUCGUAAGCACCAGCGCUGCCCAGUGGUGACUCUCGAGCCGGCCCCCCUGCCGGUGACGCCACCACUGUCCCCCCAGCCCUCUACCCUGGCCAGCAGCCGGUCCGAAAAGGGCUCGUCAUGGUCCAGCCGCUCACUGGGUGCCCGGUGCCGCAACUCCAUCGCCUCCUGCCCCGACGAGCAGCCCCACAUCGGCAACUACCGGCUGCUGAAGACCAUCGGCAAGGGCAACUUCGCUAAGGUCAAGCUGGCCCGGCACAUCCUGACGGGCAGGGAGGUGGCUAUCAAAAUAAUUGACAAGACGCAGCUCAAUCCAACAAGUCUCCAGAAGCUCUUCAGAGAAGUCAGGAUCAUGAAAGGACUAAAUCACCCCAAUAUUGUGAAACUCUUUGAGGUGAUCGAGACGGAGAAGACGCUCUACCUGGUCAUGGAGUAUGCCAGCGCCGGAGAGGUUUUCGAUUACCUGGUGUCCCACGGCCGCAUGAAGGAGAAAGAAGCCCGGGCUAAGUUCAGACAGAUCGUCUCGGCUGUGCACUACUGUCACCAGAAGAAUAUCGUACACAGAGACCUGAAGGCAGAAAACCUGCUGCUGGAUGCGGAUGCCAACAUUAAAAUAGCCGACUUCGGCUUCAGCAACGAAUUCACGCUCGGCUCCAAGCUGGACACCUUCUGCGGGAGCCCCCCCUAUGCUGCCCCGGAGCUCUUCCAGGGCAAGAAGUACGACGGGCCGGAGGUGGACAUCUGGAGCCUGGGAGUCAUUCUGUACACCCUGGUCAGCGGCUCCCUUCCUUUUGACGGGCAGAACCUCAAGGAGCUGCGGGAGCGCGUGCUGCGUGGCAAGUACCGCGUCCCCUUCUACAUGUCCACGGACUGUGAAAACAUCCUGAGGCGUUUCCUGGUGCUGAAUCCUGCCAAGCGCUGCACCCUGGAGCAAAUAAUGAAGGACAAGUGGAUUAAUAUCGGCUACGAGGGGGAGGAGCUGAAGCCCUACCGAGAACCCGAGGAGGAUUUUGCGGAUGCCAAGCGCAUAGAGGUCAUGGUGGGCAUGGGCUACACCCGGGAAGAGAUCAAGGAAGCCUUGGCCAACCAAAAGUACAACGAGGUCACAGCCACCUACCUGCUGCUGGGCAGGAAGAACGAGGUGGAAGGGGGGGAGUCCCGCACCGGCAGCAGCCUCUCGCUGGCCCGAGCGCGGCCGCCCAGCGAGGUCUCCAACGGCACCAGCAAGUCCUCCUCGCACGCCAAGGGCCAGCGGGCCUCCUCCACAUACCACCGGCAGCGACGGCACAGCGAUUUCUGCGGCCCCUCGCCCGUGCCCCUGCACCCCCAGCGCAGCCCGACCAGUGCCGGGGAUGGGGAGCUGAAGGAGGAGCGGAUGCCCUCGCGCAAGGCCAGCGGCAGCGUGGUGAGCAGCGGCCGGGGGGGCCUCCCGCCCUCCAGCCCCAUGGUCAGCAGCGCCAACAACCCCAACAAAUCGGAGAUCCCCGACCGGCGCAAGGACAGCGCAGUCAACACGAAUAACAUCCCGUCCAGUAUGAUGACCCGGCGGAAUACCUACGUCUGCACAGAGAGACCUGGGGGCGACCGCCACUCCCUGCUCCAGAAUGGGAAGGAGAACAGCUCGGGCACCAGUCGGGUGCCCCCGGCCUCCCCCUCCAGCCACAGCAUUGCCACCUCCUCCUCCUCCUCCGACCGCAGCCGGCUCUCUCGCGGCACCAACAUCCGCAGCACCUUCCAUGGGGGACAAGUGCGGGACCGGCGUGGCACCGGUGUGCAGAAUGGGCCGCCCCCCUCGCCAACCCUCUCCCACGAAGCCCCCACCCUGCCUCAGAGCCGCAGCCGGGCCACCUCCAACCUCUUCAGCAAACUGACCUCGAAGCUCACGCGGAGGGUCGCAGACGAACCUGAGAGAAUCAGGGGACCUGCGCUCACAAGUUGCAAUUUACCUUGGCAUCAAAAGGAAGCAGAACCCCGGCUGCUCCGAUUUACCUGGAAUGUGAAGCUGACCAGCACCCGCUCCGCCGAGGCCAUCCUGGCUGCCCUCUGCCAGGCCACGGACUCUGCCAACUGCUGCCGCCGCCAGACGGAGCCCUUCGUCCUCUCCUGCACCCACGGGAAGAGCGCCAGCGAGCACUUCUGCUGUUUCGAGGUGGAGGUCUGCCGGCUGCAGCGGCUGGGGGGGCUGCACGGGGUGCUCUUCCGUCGCCAGGCCGGCACCUCCCUGGCCUUCCGCAGCCUGGUGGCCAAGAUCACAGACCAGCUGCAACUCUAGGGCGGCCCGGCCUGCUCCGUGCAUUGACUGACCCCCAGGCUGGGGAGCCAUGCGGGGGAGGACGUGGCCCCGGGGCUCUCCCCGCUUUUCUCCAGGGCCCAGACAGUCCUUGGGUCAACCUCUGCUGCCAGGGGGAUCCCCAGCUGCUGCCCCGGAAGGCGCCUGCCAGCCUGUCAGUGGUGCUAGGAGGGGGACGGGGAGGGCAAGAGGGAGGGGAGAGAAAGGGCAGGGAAGGGCGCUGGCCCCUCCUCUAGCCCCUAAUUGGGUGGGGGAAAGGCUGGCCGGCCUUCCCUUUCCCAAGUCACAUGGGGGAACUGCAGGCCGGACUCUGGUGAGCCCCGCUUCCUCUGUUGUACAAAGAGGACCCCUGCCCAUCGUGCUGUGCCCACCAGCCAUGACCUUUUCACGCGCCACUUCAUUGCCAUCCAAACUCCAGGAGCUCAAACGCUUUCAUUUCCCCAAAUGGAGAGGGGGCGGUUUUGGGCUUGCCCAUAGAGGGUCCUGCCUCCCUUUCCUGGGCACCCACAAAAGCUGGCCCCUGGCCCCAGCUCUACUCUGGCUGGAGAACUGGCUCCCCCCCCCAGGAAUUCAAACCCUCCCAGGACAAGGGGGGCCAAAUGUGAUCAGCAGUGGGGGGAGGCAGCGAGAGUAGAGCGCAGCUGACCUGGGGUAGGUGCUGAACUGAGAGAGGCCACCCGACUGGCAAAGGCGCUCUGGGUCUUUGCAGCGCCACGUCCAGCCUUGCCUUCCGUGGCAGUGACAUUGGCACCCGACCGGGCGGGCAGCUGUGUGCUCAGGCAGUUUGGGCACCGGAGGCCCUCCUGCCCAAAGGCCUGCAGGCCAGAAGGCCCCGAGCAGUGGGCAGCCAGCAGGACCCUCACGUCUCCACGCAGGCCUUGUGACCGGACUACGAACCAAAUCUGAAGCUUGAAAGAAAAUGGAGCUGGCGCCGAAACCCCUCUCGGAGGGGGCUGGUCCUCCUGAGUGGCUUGAGGGGGCAGAAUUCAGUCACCCCAACGGCUGCUGGCCAUCUCGGGGGUGGGCACGAGUUGGCAGUGCCAGCUGCCCAAGCAGCUCUGCUCAGGUGCAGCCGGAGGGCCGUGCUGGGGGGCCUGUUGGCACCUCUCCACGCUGAGUGUUUGGGCCCCAGCAGUGUGAAGGAGCUGCAGAGGGGGAUUGGCACAGCGGGUGGCAGAGCUUCCAGGCCUGGGCUCGGGUUGGAGCUGUUUGGCCAGGGGGAGCUGGUGGGGCUUGGCGGACGGGCCUGGAGAGGGAGAGUUGGCCACUCCGGUGGGGAAAGCUGCAGUCCCCCCCCCCACUUUCCCUCGUUUACUGGGUGCCCCUGCUGUGACUUCCCCCCUCCCCUCAAAUCUGGCCUCUUGGGUAUCCCCCAAUCUGUACAGAUCCCUGUAUAUAAUAAUACCUUAGCCCCGUAUCACUGGGUAGAGAUAUUAAGCGCCACCUUUUCACCUCUGGACAAUGUAAGUUAUUCCGGCCCCCAAUGACGGUCCAUGCCCAACCCUCAAUAAACGUAGAAUCUCUCCUGGC